AUGUGCUCAGCUGAUGACACCUGCGUCUACUUCAGCUUCUCUGACUCUGCUGGGACGUGCAAGCUGAAUGAUGAUUGCGACAUCAACACAUUCAUGACUGGUUAUAACGUCUACAUGAUUGAUGCGACCCCGUCGCCGACAGCUGCGCCCACACCUGCGCCGCCGCCCACGUACGAGCCCACCCCAAUGCCCACGCCACUUCCGGUUUAUGCGAUGAUUCACGAGGGCGGGAUGUGCAAGCAGGGGACGUGGGCUUCCGUGGGCAGUAUCGAUGAGUGUGCCAUCAUGUGCUCAGCUGAUGACACCUGCGUCUACUUCAGCUUCUCUGACUCGGACGGGAGCUGCAAGCUGAAUGACGACUGCGACAUCAACGACCACAUGAAUGAUUACAACGUCUACAUGAUUGAUGCGACCCCGUCGCCGACAGCUGCGCCCACACCUGCGCCGCCGCCCACGUACGAGCCCACCCCAAUGCCCACGCCACUUCCGGUUUAUGCGAUGAUUCACGAGGGCGGGAUGUGCAAGCAGGGGACGUGGGCUUCCGUGGGCAUAUCGAUGAGUGUGCCAUCAUGUGCUCAGCUGAUGACACCUGCGUCUACUUCAGCUUCUCUGACUCGGACGGGAGCUGCAAGCUGA